CAAGUCGGGAGGCGGCGCUGCCUGCUUCUUCGUGCCUGGGCAGCGAGAACGGUCCCGGCGCCGAGGAGGAAGGAGAAGAGAACCCGAAAAGCAAAUAUGGGCAACGGCAUAAUGGCAGCGCCUAAUCGAGGAGGCUGAAGGGGUAGACUCGAAGCUGCAGCCGCCGCCGCCGCCGCCACGCUGGGCUGGGUUGGGCCGCUCUCACCUGGCGCAGCGCUGAAGGCAGGAAGUCGGCGCCGUUGGUGCGGGCAGGAUAGGAUGGUGAAAAGUUAAAAUGCCAAACAGCAAAAUGAGCACAACAUCAUGGUUCCUGGUGAGUGGGACAGGUAUUCGCCAUCGGCUUCCUCGGGAGAUGAUAUUUGUUGGUAGGGAAGACUGUGAACUCAUGCUCCAGUCUCGCAGUGUGGAUAAGCAGCAUGCCGUCAUCAAUUACGACAAGGAAAAAGAUGAGCACUGGGUGAAGGAUCUUGGAAGCUUAAAUGGGACUUUUGUGAACGACAUACGAAUCCCUGACCAGAAGUACAUCACACUAAAACUGAAUGAUGUGAUUCGUUUCGGCUAUGAUGCAAACAUGUAUGUCCUAGAACACAUCCAGCACAAGGUUCCAGAAGAAGUACUAAAACAUGAGAAAUAUACCAGCCAGCUUCAGAUGAGCUUUAAAGGCACAGCAAUGAAAAGAGCAGAACAGCCAAUGGACCAUGAUGGAAAUAUUGAAUUUUCCCAAACCAAGCUGGAGAAAGGAGAGAAGAAAGCAAUUACAGAGGUGACAGCUACUUACCGCACACCACUCUACGGCCGGCCUUCAUGGUGGGGAGAAGAUGAUGCCAACAAUAAACUGGAUUCAACAGGUGACAGAAGGCCAGAAGAACAAUAUUCAGACAGAACAAAAGACUUAAUCCAGCACGAAGAAGAAAUCAAUGGGAACGUCACUGGCUACAGAGAAUCUCAAGGCGAGUCUGUCUACGCAUUCCGUAGGGAACCCAGCUACUUUGAAAUUCCUACAAAGGAGUUCCAUCAGCCAGUAAAAACUCCAGAGGUGCAAGUCCAUGAGAUCCCCACCAAAGAUGUCGACGUGGCAGUGUUACCUGUUGUGCAGAGCCAUGCUUCUUUUACCAUUGAGUUUGAUGAUUGCACGCCAGGUAAAAUGAAGAUAAAAGACCACGUCACUAAAUUUUCCCUCAGGCAGAGACGGAACCUCAGCAAGGACGCUGGCCAUGUGGAAAUUAUCUCUGCAGAGAGUAAAGUGGCUGACUGGCUGGUGCACAAUGAUCCAAGUCUCAUAAGAAGGCAGUCUCCCGGAGAUGAUGUAUAUAGUACAAAAAGUGAUCUCCCUGUUCAUGUGAAGACUCUGAAAGGUAACAGACACGAAGAUGGAACCCAAAGUGACUCAGAGGAUCAAGUAGUACCACCUAAGCCAGAGAAAGAGACAGUUAGCAAUGAGAAUAUAAUGGAGCAAGCCAAACUCCAGCGCCAAAUUCGACGUGAUCCCCAGGAAAUGCUGCACAACCAGCAAGCUUUUGUCAUUGAGUUCUUUGACGAUGACAUGCCUCGGAAGAAAAGAUCACAGUCUUUUACACACAGUGGCCAUUCUACCCAAAAUGAAGUCGAUCCCACCCUGAAGACGAAAGUUGAAAAACGCAAAAUUACAGUGCCAGCUGAGAAACCAGGAAGUUCUAUGCCCUCCCAACAUCCGCCUGCAACAGGAACCAAAGGGCCAAGCAAUGCAUUCACCACUCCAAGAGCAGGCUCCUUCAGAAGGGAGAAAGCAGAUGAGCGGAUCAGCCCUUCCUCAUCCUCCACAUCACGAACACCUGUAAAAAGUCAUGGGAGUGUUGGAAGAAAGUCAAAAUUAGCUCAAGAUUUUGCUGCUGAAUGUUUAAGGGAAAGCGCUCAAGCGACUCAGCCCAACAUUGAAAAGCCCCCUCCUGUGCCAACACCACUAAAUUCACGGACAGUAAUUGUUCCAACAGCACCAGAAACAAUUCCUCCACCAAUUGCUGAUCCUAAAUUGGCCAAAGCUAGGAAACAGGAAGAGGAAGAUAGUUUGAGUGAAACAGGCACUUACACUAUUGAAACCGAAUCACAGGAUAAAGAAGUGGAAGAAGCUCGAAAAAUGAUUGAUCAGGUUUUUGGUGUUUUGGAGUCUCCUGAAUUUUCCAGAAUUUCUUCAACCUUCAGGCCAGUUAUAAAAGGUGAAAAAGAAGAAUUAGGGCACAAUCAUGUGCUUGGGGAAAAUGGCUCAACUCCAAAGGUGACAAUGAUGCAGGUCAUUGCGUCCAAAGUGGCAAGUGGUCAUCAUGCAGAUAUGCAGAUGUCAUCUUCAGCCCAAAGCAGCCAAAAAUGGGUCUCAAGAUGGGCAAGCCUUGCAGAUAGCUACCCAGGCUCAGGUUCUGCCCCUGUAGCUGGGGAGGCCGAGCAGGGUUCCUUCUGCCAGGUUAGCACAGAAAAGGAUUCUGGUUCUAGAAUGGGAGAACCUGAGAUUUCAGUGGCAUCACGGACCAGACGACUUCUUCCUCAACUCCCUCCAGGUGAAAAAUUGGAAAGUCCAACACCAACUGUUUUAAUUUGUCAUGAGACCUUUCCUGAAGUUUCCCAAAGGAACUUUAGUAAUGAUUUCAGGGAAGAAAUAUAUGUGGAUUCUGAUAGUCGAUUAUUAACUCAGGAAGAUUUGGAUCCAGAUAGCCUUAGUGAUGCCAGCAAAUCUGAUGACGGUAUCAACUUGGAAAAAGGUAGAAAAAGCCAAGAUGGCACCAAAAUGUCUGAACAGAAUCGAAUAAGGGCCGAAAGUGCAAAGUCUAGAAGUUCUCCGUGUCCUAUGCCAAGACUUUCAGGAUUGAGAGCAUUAAGUGAUCCACUGUCAACAUCUUUUUAUAUCGGGGAUGAAGCAGAAGAGAUUGGGGUUCCUUCAAAGCUUACUUCAAGCAUACCUCCUCCUCCUGAAAUAGACAAAGAAGAACCUCCUUUCAGGUAUGGAAAGACACCUGCCAAAGGAAUGAACAAUGCCUGUCUUUACUCAAAUGGAAAAAUGGUUAUGUCAUUACACCAGGGACUACCAGAACAACAAGCUGUAGCCACAAAAGAAAUUUCAUCUUUUGUUAGGCAAGAGAGUUUUACCAAAGAGAAGUCAAGCAGCAACAUUCCUCAAAACAGGCUACCGCAUAUCUCAAGUCAUCCUCUACUUAAAGAUCUUGAGGUCACAAGAGCAAAUCGUAUGGACUAUAAUCCUGAGACCCAUCUCCUUCUUAAAGACACUGAAACUGCUCUGGCAGCCUUGGAAGCCAAAAUUCUUUGUCAAACUCACCAGCUCGAUGCUCCAGAAAAUCCUUCUGGGCAGUUAGAAGACUCUUUAUCUGGAGAGUCUGAUGUGGACACUGCCAGCACUGUCAGCUUGGUAAGUGGUAAAAAUCUGCCAAGUCACCCACCAAAACAAAAAUCGGCGACACCUUUACAGAAAGAGAGGUCAUCAUCCACAUCACCUGGCCAAGAGCAAAAUAUUCAAGCUAGUGCACGUGACAGGCUUUCAGAAAAACGGAAAGCAAUUCCACCUGAGGCUGGGAGCAAAGGUGAAAACGCAAGGCGUUUUCAAGUGAAACACAGUGUAGGAACAAGCGCAUCUCAGGAUUAUACAGAUGAUGAGAGAAGUAGCAGCCUCCCGUAUUUGCCUCCAAAUGAAAUAGCCUCCUCUGAUCAAGAACAACCACCCUCAAGGCCUCUUUCUAAAAAGAAGCCUUUCUCACAGUCAACCAAAGAAGAUCACGGCAAGGUAACCACAACAGUGCAAAAGAUUCAACAAGUUCUUACCCGGUCAAAUAGUCUAUCGACCCCAAGGCCCACGAGAGCCUCCAAACUUCGCCGAGCCCGGUUAGGAGAUAACUCAGACAAUGAGAGUGCCGACACGGAGAAGACAGCAACACAUCCUGAAGGAACCACAGCAUCUUCCAAGCAACCCGUAGAGGCCAAGAAGCUCUCAAGGCUUGACAUUCUUGCCAUGCCAAGGAAACGGGCAGGAUCUUUCACAGUGCCAAGUGACUCUGAGAGUGCCCCACCAAAGCCAACCUUUUCUGGGCGCAGUGCAGAGUCUUACUAUUCUACUCGAAAACCGCUUGUGUCAGAAGCUAAAAAUGCUGUUAAGAAAACAGCAUCAGUGGUAGCUGCUUCCAAGCAAUCUUUCAGCAGGACACGUUCCAGCAGUGUGAAAUAUGCCUCUACCGCCACUUCGAGGCGGCGGCAUCAGGGCUCAGAUUAUACUUCCACUUCCGAGGAGGAGUAUGGCUCAAAUCACAGUUCCCCUAAACACAAACGCUCCCAUACCUCAACAGCCACCCAGACUCCCAGAACCCGCGGCUCCGGGUUGAAUAAACAGAAGCAUAGCAACAGCCGAGAGAUGGAAGAUGAAGAUGAUGGUGAACAGGAUCCCUACAGUUUCAUUGUGCAGACUGCAGAGAUAGCAGAAAUAGCCAGAUUAAGCCAGACUUUGGUAAAAGAUGUAGCAAUCCUUGCUCGAGAGAUUCAUGAUGUUGCUGGAGAUGGCGAUUCCCAGAGCUCAUCUGGAACAGGCCCAAGUACUGCCCACAGUUCUGUGCCUAAUACCCCUGCUUCAACCAUCUCGGCAAGAGAAGAGCUGGUACAGCAUAUACCAGAAGCAAGUCUAAACUUCCAAAAGGUGCCUCCUGGUUCAUUGGAAUUCCGUGAUUUUGACCAAAAUAUGAAUGACAGCCGGGAGGAGGAUAUCACAAAAAGAACACGGAUAAGAAACAGGGAAGAGGUGAUCUUUGACAAUUUGAUGCUAAACCCUGUUUCCCAGUUAUCUCAUACCAUUCGGGAAAAUACAGAAAAUUUGGCAGAGAAAAUGAAAAUUCUGUUCCAGAAUACUGAGAGGACAUGGGAAGAAAUGGAAGCCAAAAUUAAUUCUGAAAAUGAAGUGCCAAUUUUAAAGACAUCAAACAAGGAAAUCAGCUCUAUUUUGAAGGAGCUUCGCAGAGUCCAAAAACAACUUGAAGUUAUAAAUGCCAUCAUCGACCCAAGCGGGAACUUGGAUUUGCUCACCAACAACAAGACCUGUUCUGUGCUACAACCUGAAGCAGCUAAAGUCAGGACUGCCAACAACACUUCUGGAUCUGUGUUGGAGUCUUUGUCACCUGUCAAGAAAAUGAAUUAUACUCAGAAAUCGAACUUUGGGUCUACUGGCCUGCAGGAUAAAACAUUUGUUCCAGCUGGGGAGAAAUAUGUGAUCUGACAGAAUAUUUUCUAUUGCUUAUCUUGUAGUAUGUCAUUUACUGUGGCGUUUAGUAUUGCAUAUGAGUUGUGUGUGAGUGGCUGUGGGCAAGUCCACGUGGAACAGUUGUUUAGAUUGUUAGCACAUUGCACAAAAUGGGGGAAAAGGUACAAUCUCUGCUAUGUGGGCAGUUGAAGUCUGGGUGAAACCCUUUGUGAGGAAAAAAGGCUAAUGGUGUGGAACAACAGAUCCACAAGAGAUUUUUUUUUAACAAAGCAAUUCGGUGUGCCAUUCUUCUAUUGUGCCAUAACAAAGCAGACCUUGCAUAUUGUUCAUUCUCUAUUGCUGAAGCUCUGAUACGUUCUCAGAUAUAGCCUUUUCAUAGCAAUUGGUUGAGUUGUAUAUAGAAUCCAUUUUGAAAAUACACUUUUUGAGACAGUGGAUAGCUGGUGCUGUAUAAUUAAUUUUAAAUACGGAGUAUUCAAAUGGUUUGGUCAGGAUUUAUUUUUAAUACUGUCAGGUAAAAUGAGGCAACAUAGCUUACUUUUACAAAUUCAGGAGCAGUUGCCCGAAAAAUGUCUUCGAGGAGGAAGCAAAGAUGAUAUUGAAUAAUUUUGCUUCCAGUCAUACAGCUUUCACUGUUCUACUGGUUAAAAGAGUGGAGACAAGAGAGCUGUGAAUAUUGCUGUAUUGUUUUCUGUAUGUGAUUCAUUUGAAAAAUUCCAAAUAAGUAGUUCUGUAGGAGAGGAUUCAAUGACCAAAUCAGGAUUUUGUAUAGCCAGGUUGCCAAAUUCUUACUGUAUCAUGUCAGUCUCCAUAUAACAAAUGGUUUGUGUGCUCUGAAUAUUUUUUUCUUAUUCUAUCUAAAGAGGGGCAUAAGAAUAAAUGUUCCACAACUGGGCAAGUAGUCAGAAUGUCUCCCCAGCACUUUGGUAAUAAGAUUUACACAUAGUCUUUUUAACCAUGGCCUGUUAAAUAAGCCAGAAUAUCUGAACUGACAGAAGACUCAUCUAUAAACCACAGUAGUAACAUGAUCACAACUUGCUAAGCCACCAUGUGGCUUGUUUGAUGUGGGUUUAGCAUGAUGCUUAAGCUUAAGCCCAAGAGUGGAUACUUGUGCUUAACCCAAUUAUGUGGAUCUCAUUUUAUGUAGAUGAGCCACUUUGGAACAUGCACAGCCUUGUGCAGUUUAUGGCUUAGUAGAAUUUUGGGUGGGGACAGUUUAAAUGCAUUCUUUAAAACUUUAAGCCAAUAUUCCUAGUUGUGUAAGUGUACAUUGGGGAGGGAGAAGGGAAGAGGGGGGCUCUGCAAAGCUUAAGGCACAGGUAACAAUUUUGCCUAUAAAUUGCACAGUAACACAAUGUAUUUCCAAAUCAUGGCUCAGGCUACUUUAGUGAUGGCAGAUAUCAUCUCCCUUUUGGAACACAGGCAGAGCAGAAAAAUAUAGUUUGGCUGCUAGGCAGAAAAAAAGUUGCUCAUCCUGGCUUGUUGUGUAGUAUGGAUCUAAGCUAACCACAACUCAGCAUGUGUAUACUUGGUCUGAAUCUCACUGACAUUCACGCACUAUUUAAAGAGCAGAAAGGUACAGGCCUUUUUUGUACCUCUAGGAAAACAGUUUUGAGCAGUAAAAAACAGACUUUCUCCAUAUCCUUCUAGUUUCAGGGUGCUGGGGGUGGAUUUUCAACAAGGCAUGCUCAACAUGCCCCCAUGAGAUGAUCCUCUCAUGCUCAGUUUAGUAUUAAUGGGCAUCCCACGGAAAAUGGGAAAAGUAUCAUGUUGUAUCAGUAGACCAGAUUUUCUCAACCUUGACUGCUUGAAGGUGUGGUUGAAGCAUUGACAGUUUGCAGCUUGAAGUUACUCUGACUGGAAAAUUCACACAUCUUCAGAUUGCCAAAGUUGAGAAACCCUGCAGUAGAUGUUAUGCUGAACUUUUAGUUCUAGCAAAGAAUGGAUUUCUCUGACCUCCAGAGCUGGUCAUACCAUAUCCCUUUCCACUCCAAAUUAUAAGAUGCGGACUAUCAAAAAGUUGCCACAAAAAAUAGUGAUAUUGUAGCUGUUGCCUUAAAAUUGCUCAAAUGAAUGUAGAUCUUGGGAUAUAUCUUGGAAAUUAUACAACACAGUUUUAGUUUAAUGUAGUUUCUAGGAGAAUGUAAAUAAACUAAUUUGCUCCAAUAUUCAGUGUUAUCCAACAUCCCUGUGCUGGGAAUUUGAGCACCUAAGAAUAAAAAGCAUGAAUUAAAAUUUACCUCCUCCAUUGUCUAGCCACAAAACAAUUUCUAAUAUUGGUGCCACCCUUUCUUGAAUCUCGAUGCUAAAACUUGUUUGGCUGAUGAUGUGUCAAGUGAGUAGUGCAGUAUUAUAAUUGUUUUAUGACUGGCCAUUAUAAACUUAAUACCAAUAUCAAGAAUAACUUUGCAAACAUUUUUAAACACCCAUUUUUCCAAUUAAAAUGAAUUGUCCACUUGUCAAAUCAGCAAUGGUUUAAAGAACAGCACUGUUAUCUAUUUGAAGUGCUUAUUGAUAUCAGUUGACACAGGGAAAUCUUUUAUAACAUUCACUUCAUUUUUAAAUAAUCAUUGAAGACCACCAGAUUAAAUACAGUUGAGAAGUGAAUUCAGUUAAGAAAUGAAUGCAGUGCAUAAUUUUAUCAGGGAAAAAUGGAGAACUAUUGUAUUGACAGUAAUUUAUUCAGGUCUGGAAAUGAUGGAUAGUGUGGAUAUAUCCUACAGAGCAGCGGUCCCCAACCUUGGCCUGGUGGGGAGAGGGGAACCAGGUUGUGUGAGUGGUAGGCUGGCACACAGCUCAACUUGCAUGAGCGGUGGGCCGGCGCACACCCACAUGCGCAUACAGCUUGAGCAAGUUGAGCUGCGUGCACGGGUGUAUAUGCACUGACCCACUGCUCUCACAAGUCGAGAGUGUGCACUUGUGCACCAGCCUGCUACUUGUGCAGUCCGCUUAUGAAUAGGUCAUGGACCGGUAGUGGGUGCAGCCUGGGAGUUGGGGACCCCUGCUAUGGAGAACAUGUUUAAAAUGUUAAAUUCUAGAAGUAAAAUUCUUUUGGAAAAUGAAUAAAAAAUUCAAUUUAGUUACUCAGAGGAAAUCUUUGGUAUCCAGUUGGAUUUUACUUGAUUGUGCACGGGUUUAAAUAAUGUAAAUGCUGCUAUUGAUAUUGAGGCACCAAAUAAAAGUUGCCAGUACUUUUCCCAUUAGAAACGGAUCCAGUUACAGAUUCAUUUAUACAGCUUCUGUUUAAUUGUACCUAAUGGUCCCUUGUAAACUUGUCUCUGAGUCAUAGAGAUGUCACAUGUCAAUUCUUGCUUCUCAUCAAAUUUUUCCACCAUCUCUUAAGAACCCAAACCUUGAAAAUACAUCAAAAAUCUUCACCUCAAUUAUUGAUGUCACACUAGUCCAUUUUUGCCAGCACCAAGUCUACAUUAAUUAUCUUCCAAAUAUACUGUUGCAGAAAGAGGGACUGAGUUUUGAGUAAGCUUAGAAAAAGCUUAGAAUAAACCCUAGAAAAGCAGUUUUAAAUUUAUGUCAUCUUCUCAGUCAACUUUCCCCAAUAGAAUGAAUUGCAAAUGCAUAUAAUUCUCAAAGUUCCCAGGCAACAUGUAUUUGGGGACUUCUAGAAAAUGCAAGCUUAACACAUGAGGAAGGAUGUUCACAUCUGUGUAUACGUUUCAUAAAUAUUCAAGCCUAAGGUGAGAUGUUUGUCCUACUCCAGUGCUACAUCUAUGUGUUAACAUCUAGAAGACAUGGACAUAGAAGUCUGGUUUGCUCACAGGUAGCAAAAAAGACUUGGGCUUAACCUACACAUAAAAUUAAAAAUUGAAACAAACUAAGGUUAUACAGUUAAUAUGUUACAAAUAGAUUGCAUAUUACUUCUGAUACACUUAAGUCAAAGAAGACGCCAUGUGGCUUUGAUAUUCUCAUAUUGGAUCCCUCUAGUGCAAUAUGCAUACAACCCGUUAAACAUUUAAUCCCAGUAUGUGGGUACAAUCUAGGUGCCAUUUAUUUGAUUUUCUAGUUAGCAGAAAGUCAAAUAAACGGGACCUACUUGUUGAUACACAGUUUUUUUAUUUAAUUAAAACUUUUAUAUUUGACUAGACAGUUUCAAAGGAUUAGAAAGCCCAGAUCAUUUGAAGUUCAGUGACAACUGUUUGAUUUCUUCAGAGUAACUUAAAUUUUUUUUGAGAGGGGGAGAAAACAGCUUAUCCCCCUUAGGUUAAAAUGAUUGAUCACGAUUGAAUGAACAUGAUUCAUUGAGAUAAUGUUUAUCUGUUUGAAAAGAAUGCUGUCAUUCUCAUGCUGGUGGUAAUACUACCAUAUAGUCUGAGUGUGUGCAGUAACAUAAAUGUGCUAAAUAAAUAAAUACAUAUGUAAAAACACUGAAAGCAGUUAAUGGGAGCAGUUUUUGCCCAUCACAAACUUUUUUUAUAGAUUUCAAACAGGUGUGUGUAUGUAGGAUUCUGCAUGUUUGCCAAUACGGAUAGUCCUUGCUUUACCUCAAUCAAGACCGGCAACUCUUGCUAUGCCGCACAAUUAAGUAAGACAUCAUGACUACAAUUUAUAAUUUCACACCAGCUUCUUCAUUGACUCUGCUUGUUGGAAGUUAGCUGUGAAUCAUGUAAAUGGAAAUCACAUGACUGGGAUGCUUCACUAUCAUAAAUUCAAAGACUGUCCAUAAAGUUACUUUUUCAGUGCUGUUGUAACUGCUAAAUAAUUGCUAAACAAGGCAGUUGUUAAAUGAGGACUAUCUCUAUGGCUGGGUUCAAUUCAAAUUAGAAAAAAUUUCAGAGGCAAGUUUUCAAGAAUGACCAGCUAUGUACGUUAGCAGAAGGGAUAACUUUUCAUUCCAUCAGAGAGAAAUGGAUUAGGUAAGUGUUUUUCUACAUCACAUGAAAGCAACCCAGUACAACCUGUGUACCCAGGAAGGCUUUGAAACCAAUUGGAAAUUUUAAAUCUCCUUACAUGAUAUCUUAGACUUUAAAUGCGCACUUCAGUUUAAGGUAAUGAGUGUCUUAAAUAUAUACAUUUUAAAAACCUAAUGUGUGUAUGUCCCCAAGUCAUCCUUACAUGAAUCAAAGGAAAUGUUUGCUCUGAAUGUUUACAGAUACCUACUUUUGAAAGAAGUGGGAGUGUAAGUUGAUACUGAUAAUUCACUUUUGUAAAUGCCUUCCUUCCUUCCUUCCUUCCUUCCUUCCUUCCUUCCUUCCUUCCUUCCUUCCUUCCUUCCUUCCUUCCUUCCUCAAAUGAAUUCCUGAUCUUGCCAUUGUCAAAGUCCAGAAAACUACUUGUUCACUUUCUGUUCUGUCUCCUGCUCAGUGGUGCCUGAGCAUCUGCUGAUUGUUACUCUGCUGAAACUGUUUUCCACUGUUAAAAACAUUUUUUCACAGCUAUCAUUGUACUAGAUCUGCAUGCCACACUGAAGCAAGCUGAGCUGUAUGAGAGUUACUGAAAUUCAGUUUUGUGUAACUCAAAACUGUUUCAAUGACCUCCAUUUUUGGUUCAUCUUUUACUUCAUUUUGAUGUCCUCUGAAAUACUGUGCAUAAUUAUAAGAUCCACCUGAUUCCUGCAGACCUUCAGUUUGCUUUUUUCUCUUUGUCUUAGUUU